CGGCGAGCCUUGGGGUCUGUUGACGUGGCGCUCACGCCAUCGGGGGGUGCGCGGAGAUAUUUUGUGGCACCAAGGCUAAAACCGUCGACGAGAGCUCAAGAAGCGAGAAAGAGAGAUUUGUGCGAGAGGGUUAAUGGAGGAAAUGUGGAGGAGAGAAGGGGAGGAGAGGGAGGAGAUUGUGGUGAUGGCAGAGGAGGAGAAGAAGGGGGGAGGAGAGGAGGGAGAAGGGGAGACGGGGGUCGUGAGAUGGGAGAGGUUUCUGCGGAGGAUGUCGGUGAGGGUGCUGCUUGUGGAGGGGGACGACUCCACCCGGCAUAUCAUCGCUGCGCUGCUGAGAAAGUGUAGCUACAGAGUUGUUGCGGCAUCAGAUGGCUUAAAGGCAUGGGAAACACUGAAAGAGAAACAUCAGAAUAUAGACCUUGUUUUGACUGAAGUGGAAUUGCCCAAAAUCUCUGGGGUUAGCCUUCUUACAAUGAUAAUGGACCACGAGACCUGCAAGAAUAUUCCUGUCAUAAUGAUGUCUUCACAUGAUUCAAUGAGCAUGGUUUUCAAAUGCAUGCUGAAAGGUGCAGCAGACUUCCUCGUUAAGCCCAUUCGGAAAAAUGAGUUGAGGAAUUUGUGGCAGCAUGUCUGGAGAAGGCAAAUUCAGGUAAGUCAUGGCCAUGGUGGGCAUCAGGAUGGAAAUGCAAAAUGUGAAUUUGAACCUGAAUAUGGCAACCAUUCAACUGAAUAUGUAGCUUGUAUGCAGAAAUAUAGGGAAUACAGUGACAAAGGGAGUGAUGCUGAAAGCUCUUGUACAAGGUCAGACAUGGAAGCUGAGAGUGCACACAUGCAAGAUAUGCUGGAUCUUAAGCAGAAAAAUAGCUGGGAUAUCUCUUUGGUGGAGCAUUCACUAGCCCCAAUUGGUGAAACACGAACUCAUUUAGAUAGUGCAUUGCUGAUGCACGAGGGUGAAUCAAAUGUAGCAGUGACUAUGAAUGAGGAUUCGGUCCCAACACGAUGCCUGAACAAUAAAAAUAUUACAAGUGAAACUUAUGGCCGAAACUUUGAUCUGGACCAACCUUCUAAUGUAGUUGUUGAUCUGACUAAUCAACCACAACUUAUCCAUGCACCAAGGCAUGGUACUGCUGCUCGAGAUGACUUCUCAAACAUUGCAGAAAAUCAUGGUCAUGAGAAUGAAAUCAUGUGCAAGGCAAGUCCCAUGCCUCAUUUGGAGCUUUCUUUGAGAAGGUAUCAGGAUAUUUACCUGGAAAAGCAAGAGAAUGAUGAAUGGAGUAUAUUGAAUCAUUCAAAUUUAUCAGCCUUUUCAGUGUACCACAGCAGGACAGGGGUGCCUACUUCGUUAACACCAAGGAACUUUUCCACUGAACACAAGGAAUGUAACAGUACUUCAUGUAAACCACGGCCACAUCAAGGAUGCAGUAAUGCUAGCGAUGCUUCUCAGUUUAAUGGCUUGAGAUCAAAUAUAAAUUUGGAAGAUAAGAAAUCCCUUGGUGUUGGACUUCCGGCUCAAGAUGGAAUGGAAGUUCGAUGCACUCCCCUUCGAGUUGUCCCACUCCCUAUUCCAGCGGGUGGCAUGUCUUUUGAUAGUCUGUGUGCUGGGUAUGGUCCAGUAAUGCAACCCAUGUAUUAUCCACAGUCAACUCAUCAUUUGUGGAGUACCAUCCCGUCCAUGUGGCAUGGAGUACAAACUCUGCACAGUGACCAUCCCAAUGAUCAGAGUGCUAGAAACCCAACUUACCAUUCUGCAGAAAAGCAGGAAGAAACUAUGGAGCUGUUGGAUGAACAGAGACAUGUUUCAUCAGCUACAGCUGAGAGUGGAAGUGGGAGUGUAUGUAAUGGUGGCAGAAAUGGAGGUGCAAGUGCUUGCAAUGAAAGUAUUGGGCACAUUACCGGAUCCAAUAAUUUCAAGGCCACGACAGAGAGUGGCAAUCAUGAUGGCACAAUUGCUCAUGAAGGGACUAAGCCAAUGGAUUUUUAUCGGUUAAGCCAAAGAGAAGAAGCCUUGAACAAAUUCCGAAUGAAACGGAAGGACAGAUGCUACGAGAAGAAGGUUCGGUACCAAAGCAGGAAACUACUAGCAGAGCAGCGCCCUCGUGUUAAGGGACAAUUUGUCCGUCAAGUGCAGCUUGGUCUUCAAUCUGUGGGAGCAGGCUGCUACCAUGGUGAUCCAGCUACCGAAUAGAUGUGUCAUUGGAAGGAGUCCUGGUACCCAGGGUUACCUAAUAUUGAUAGUUAACUUAUGUAGCUGCACUAAUUAACAAAACAUACCAGCAGGAGUGCCACUAUAUGCAUCUAUUUCUCCUAUAAUUCAGGUUUGUUUUUAGUUAAAGCUUGUUAUAUUUGUUAACAGGUGGAAUACAGCUAAAGUAGUUCUCAGUUUGUAUAAUGGUGAGAAUAUGUUUGAACACUAUUUUUUUCCUUCACUAUUGGUUUUAGACACUGAAUAUCUUCCUUAUGUUGUAUAUAUUUGCAAAAGAGUUGCGAGUAAAAUACCCACAAUGAUUGCUUUUUGUCUCUGUACAAAGGUGGUCGGCUUUACUUA